AUGACUUACAGUGUUGGAAGUGUUUUGUUAAACAGUGAUGAUAAGAGGAAACACGUGGCAAAUUCUGCACCAUAUACGGUGGUCCGUUUGGCAAAUGAAUUUGGGCCUAAUUUGGACCCAAAAGCGGAAGUCUCAGAUUCAAGGGCCGCGAAGCAAUCAAUGUCUGAACAGGCGCGGUUUAUGAAGAAACUGCUAUUCGUGCCACCCGGGGUCGUCCCGGAAGAGGUAACAGAUAAAAUGAUAGUGCCAGGGUCCAACAUCGCACUCGGACCUUACGCGGGUCAUUCUCAGAUUAAGAUGGUGGAGUUUGUUAAUAUUAGCGGUCGGGCUAAGGAUUGUCCCAAAGAUAACCGACCCGAGUUUGCCAUUUUGGGUUGGUCUAAUGUGGGCAAGUCUUCACUUAUAAAUGUUUUGGUUCAAAAAAAUCAAGUUGCUCUCACUUCUAAGAAACAAGGGAAGACACAGCUCAUUAAUCAUUUUUUGGUGAAUAAAAGCUGGUAUAUAGUGGAUUUGUCUGGUUAUGGUUUUGCUAGAGCCUCGGAUGCUGCUCGAACAGAUUGGUCUUCUUACACUAAAGGCUACUUUCUAAAAAGAGAUAUUCUGGUUGCUGUGCUACUUCUUAUUGAUGCAAGUGUCCCACCUCAGAGGAUUGAUCUAGACUGUUCUAACUGGCUUGGACGCUACAAUAUACCAAUGACUUUUGUCUUUACAAAGUGUGACAAAAUGAAGGCAAGCAAAGGAAAAAGGCCUGAUGAGAACAUCAGGGACUUUCAAGAACUGAUUAGAGAAAACUAUAAGCAACAUCCCCCAUGGAUCAUGACUAGCAGUGUCACUGCUCUAGGCAGAGAAGAGCUUCUGCUACAUAUAUCACAACUAAGAAAUUAUUGGGACCAGUAGGAGCGGAACUGUUAGUAAAUUGAUGUGUAAGGUCAGUCUUAAAAGUAUAUGAAAAGAAAAAAUUGAUGAAAACUUUAUUGUAAUGAUUCAUGUAUUACAAUGAAGCUUAAAGCCUAUUUAUACAAA